AAAAGAAAAAGAGAAAGGAGGGCAUGGAGGUUGUGGGAGAAGGUGACAGUGGAAAAGGGUGACACUGCUGCAGUGAAGUUGAGGUGCCAGCAAAACCUGCAUCGGAAGGAGACUGGCGAUUAUCUCAGCAUCUUGGGGAGCCAGUAGCAGUGAUGGUGGUGGCUUGAGAUCUGCAACUGGGAAGCGCUCGUAGGUCUUGCAAGGGGGGUGCUGUGUUAGGUUCUGGGUUUUCUAUCACCCCAAGAAGACAGAAGCGGCGCCGGAUCGAUGAGGAACGGCAGCACCGGAAUGGUUGGUGGACGUCGCAAUUGGCAAGAGGAAAAGAAUCGGCGUGUCACUGAGUAGGUCUUAGGGUAAUUUCCAUGUCGGACUGAUCUAUCUGCUUUGAUUCGUUAUCAAAAAAAAAAAAAAAAACAUGAGACACUCUCUUCCACCACUACCAUCAUCAUCACCCAAAAAAGCUCGUUCUUUGCUAUGUAAACUUGUCUCCAUGGACAGUCUUUUCGAAAAAAUGAAAAAAUAAGCCGCCGGAAGAAGAGGCGGUUGUCCCAAUAAAAAGACAAUUUCAAGGUCCAUCAAAGCCAAUCUCCAAUUCUCCGUUGGAAGAUUUUAUUUUGCGGAGCCCUCUCUCAAACCUCUCAAAGAACAAAACGACUUGGAAGAACACAAAGCAAAGCAAAAGCAGUGACUGAGAAGUGAGAACUGAGAACUCAGCUCGCAUUUUCUUUCAUUUACUCUCAACUCUGAAGACUCCUAUAAAAGCCAGAAAGAGAGACCACACAACACAACGUUCAUUUCGUUUUCAUUUUCAUUUCAUUUUCAUUUUCAUUUCAUUUCACGAGAGAGAAACCUCUCAUGUGACGACCGGAUUCACCAAUGGCUUCUUCUUCUUCUUCUUCUUCUUCCGCGCCUACAACUCCUUCUCCCUCCUUCACCGCUCGCAUUCCUCUUCCUCCAUCAGGUGACAGCCCUCCUAAUGUUGAAUCUAAUUCAGCUCUGGUUCCUAUCCAUAUUGUGACAACUGCAUCUCAACUCCCAGCUGAGUUUCUGGAACCAUCGCCUCAGGACCAGUUCAUCAUUGGUUUCGAUUGUGAGGGCGAAGACUUGUGUCGAACUGGAGCGCUCUGUCUAAUACAGCUUGCAUUCCCAGAUGCCAUUUACUUGGUUGACGCAAUAGAAGGUGGGGAAGCGCUGAUCAAAGCCUGUAAGCCUGCGCUCGAGUCUAAUUUCAUCACAAAAGUAAUUCAUGAUUGCAAAAGGGAUAGUGAGGCAUUGUACUUCCAGUUUGACAUCAAGCUGAACAACGUGAUGGAUACCCAGAUUGCAUAUGCACUGAUCGACGAGCAAGAAGGGAAGCGGAAAAGAGAUGACAACAUUUCUUUUGUUGACCUCCUAGCUGAUCCACGUUUUUGUGGCAUAUCGUAUGAUGAGAAGGAAGAGGUUCGGGUUCUCCUUCGACAGGACCCCAAGUUUUGGAGAUAUAGACCUUUUUCUGAACGUAUGGUCCGCACAGCUACUGAUGAUGUCCGUUUUCUUCUGUAUGUUUAUCACCGAAUGAUGGUGAACUUGAAUGAGCGGUCCUUAUGGCAUCUUGCGGUUCGUGGUGCGCUGUAUUGCCGAUGUUUUUGUGUGAACAAUAAUGAUUAUGCUGAUUGGCCAUCUCUGCCUCCUAUCCCAGAUACGCUGAAAGUUGAUGGAAAUGAUCUGGAGGAAGAAAUUCUUUCAGUUGUAGACAUUCCCCGAGGAAUGAUGGGACGAGUUAUUGGUAGAAGGGGGGCUACAAUCUUGACAAUUAAGGAGGGAUGCAAUGCGGAAAUUGUCAUUGGAGGUUCGAAGGGCCCACCUGACAAGGUCUUCAUCAUUGGACCAGUGAAGCAGGUGUUGAAAGCUGCGGCAUUGAUUAGGGGUAGAAUCAUAGAUAUAUAGUGAGGAAAAUGCUAUGGCUGCAUCUCAAUUCUGAUACAUACAAUUUUCUUAGUCUAUAGUGUGUCUUGGAUUGAAUUUCGGGGGUUGGAGUUGAUCAAAUGCCUUCGACCCACUUUCCCCUUUCAUCUGCCGGGGAGAAAGAAGGAUACAAACAUUUUGAAAUUUUUUCAAUCACAGAACUGCCAAAAAUUGUUUCAUUUCUCUUCUCGUUUCACCAGAUUCAAACUACUGCAAUAUAUUAUGUUUCACAGCUGUACUUAGCAUUAAU